AGUUUUCCGUUGGAAGUUUAUGCGAAGUUUUACGCCGCGAGUCGCCGGCGAAACUUCGGUAUUUUCGUGAUGUCGAAAAAAACUUUUUCUCUCCGAGUUGUUUCUCACAAACUUCAUUGAAUUACUGCUAAGAAAGAAUAUUUUAUGAAUCUACUCCAGAUAUGGAUAAAGACUUCUGGAAACGAGAGUUGUUUCCAUCAAGGCAACGCGGUUCAAUAGACGUCAACUGGGAAUCAUUCGAUCGACCAAAAUCAACUUCGGCACCUAUGGAUAACGAUCGUUCGAGUACAAAGAGCGACGUGAAGGAAGGAGUUAUGUUCGAGCAGCAACCCCAAGACGGAGAAAUUGAAAAUCAUCUAUUCUACCCUUAUUCCUUAGCCAUUGGUGCAGCUUGCGGGCUAUUGAUUCUCACAAUCUUAUUGGUUUACGCCAUUCUAAGAAGAAGCAGAGGAAAAAAUAACAACGAGGAAAGACAAUCUUCGACAAGUAUAUUAGUAUACCCGUCCAAACAGACCGGAUCGCCUCCACAAUUUUUGACCAAAGAAAUAAACUUCAGUUUACCUCCUUUACGAAGUAAUUCUUUAGGAGACAUCGUUCUAUCUUCCGAAGAAAUCACCUACGAACCCGAAUUAGGAACUGAGUCCCUGCUUCUGCCGUUUGUACCGCAUAACGUUAGAUCAAACUCGUUCAGUUGUUACGGUUUAGGAGUCAUUGAACCAGCCCUAUACAAGAGUACUUUGGAUUUGGACGAGAUACAAUGGCCGGAAGGGCAUAUAGGACGAUUGUGGUUUUCUCUAAGAUAUGAACCUUGCACGGAAAAAUUACUUGUUUCUCUCCUGAAAGCGAAAAAUCUACCUUCAAGAACCAUCGGAACUGUUAACAGUUGCGAUCCAUUCGUGAGACUGUACUUGAUGCCGGACGAAAGAAGAUAUCUACAGUCGCGCCAAAAGAAGAAAUCCUGUAAUCCAUAUUUCGACGAAACUUUAGUUUUCCAGGUAUCUCCUAAAGAUAUGGCCGAUCAUACAUUGAAACUAACAGUCAUAGAUGGAGGAAGAACGAAAAAGAAAGGAGAAAUAGGUCACGUGUCGUUUCCAUUAAAAGAUUUAGAAAUAGGAGACGGUUUGGAGCAACAACUUUUCAAAAUGGAUUUAGAGAAAGAAGCUCCAGAGUAUAAGACUGAUUUAGGAGAACUGUUAAUUUCUCUAGUUUAUAAUGAGAAUAUUGGCAGACUUACUGCGACAGUUAUAGAAGCCAGAAGACUUAAGUUUUUGGGGGAUAAACUUGAAGCUUACGUCCGAUUGACUCUAAGUCACCACUACAAGACGGUCAAAGAAAAACGUACCGAGAUAGCGAAAUGUUCGAAUGACAGAACUGUCACUUUUAUAGAAGGAUUUAAUUUUAAAGUCGGAACUUCGCAAGUUGAAACUACGAGUUUAGCGUUUCACGUAUUCCAAUCGACCAGUGGUUACGAUAAAUUGAUCGGGAAAUGCGUGCUGGGUUCGUAUAUGUUCGCCAGAGGUAAAGCGCUGAUCCAAUGGAACACAGCUUUCGUUAACCCCAUGGAACAAUGUCAACAAUGGCAAGCUCUAUCGGAAUAAAUUUAAAAUUUGAUGUAUGAAUGUAGUACAAAGAAAAAUUAUUUAUUCGUUGUUCGAUGUAUGUUUUAUAUUGUAUCUAAUGUAUAAAAAACAAAACAUACAUACUAGGGAUGCUAGGGAAACAUAAAGCUUAGAAAUAAAUGGAGAUGUAUGUGUUAUUUACCAUAAAAAAUAGUUCUAUCAAACUUGUAAGUACUGUAUGAAAAAUAAUUCAACAGUUUUUGUUAAUUAACGUUUUUCGUAUUGUUUCUUAAUUCAUUUAUACACUUAACUUUCAUUAAUUUACUUAUAAAUAUCACUUUGUGCGAUUAUUUUCACUAAUUCGUUCCUUUUACUACGACUAUUUAUUUAAAAACUGACUAACCGCGUUUACGCGAAUCAUUUAUAUAUCUAAAGCAAAAAUAAAAUUAUUUAGAAGAAAUACUGCAAAUAAACCGCUUGCUACUAAAGAAAUUUAUACGUCAUUAAUGAAAAACGUGAAAAGCGCCGCGCGAAAUUAAAAUUUCAUAGUAGAUCUACAGGACCGGCUUAGGGAACCAUUUUGCCAACAAUUGGCCAAUGAAAAGGUUAAAUGAUUCUUGUAAAAGAUAAAAAUUCAAUACAUCUUUGCAUAAUUUAUGAAUAAAUACGUUAUUUCUAUAAAAAAAAAAAAUAGACCGGAAGGGAUUGGAUAAAGGAUUGUUUUCUGAUUCCAGCAUAUAAGCUCGGAAAACAUUUUUAUGAAUGUUCAUACAUAUUUUGGAUACUAAAAUCGAUGAUAAACAUGACAGGAAUGAAGAUGCUGCAAUAUCAAUGGAAACUCGAGGAAUUUUCCACUAAUUCUUUGUACGUUUUACGCUAUUUUAAUACUAAAAAAGGCAGGACUUUGAUCCAAUUCCUCUCGAUCUAAAUUUUUUUUAAAUAUUAUUUUCCCGCUUCAAUUACGUAAUGAAGAUUUGUGGUAAAAGUACUUUUGUCAGAAAAAUUAAUCAAUUUAUCGAAAUUUUUUGGUUUUUUUUUCCAAAUUAGAUCCCUUAAAGACAAACAGAGCUUCAAUCGCCUAGCUUUAACCAAAAAUCUAAAAAAUGAAUAUUCAAAUCGAGAUUUUUUCAUUUUUUGAAGGACACAGUACAGAAAAAAUAAUUUCCAAAUCAGUUCCAUGAUUAUUUUUAGUUGUUUGUCUUCAAGUAUGAUCUAAAUAAAUCGGACCAAAUGCAUUGCAUGAGAAACAAUUAGAUAAUGAUAACGAUUAACGUUAUUGCGUUGUUGUGUGUAUAGAAAUAAAUAAAUAAUUUGUAUU